AUGAAGGAGUGGUCAGACAUCUGGGACAAAGCAACACCUGGCCUGUGCAUGCCUCCGAAUGCUACCAUGAUGGACGAUGUUCUGAUCCCUCAUGAAGCUGCCUUCAUCAAAGAGAAAGCAAUCAGCUACCUACGCACCUUACAGGAUCUCACGGUCACCUUCUACAGCAACACAACACGUGCACAGGAGUCAGUCUACAUGGUGCACAUUACAAUGCCCAAGCAUCAGGUAUUCCUGCUGGAGAGAGUCAAAGCCUCUGGUUUGUCACAUAUAGCAGAGCAUACUUUCAAUGAAGUACUGGGGAAGGUCAUUAUUUCCAUUGGUCCAGAGUGUUUUUGUGGCAUCUCGUCCGAUAGCACAGGAAACACAGCGAGGGCCCGUACACUGGUGCUAAAGCAAUGGAACUGGAUGAUUGAGCUUUCGGACACUUGCCACCAACUCAACCCACUUGCAAAGGACAUUUUUAAGAUCAUUUAUUUUAACAAGACAAUCAAAGACAUGAGUGGCAUCAUCAAGCACUACAAGAAGUCAUCUUUCACUGCAAGCAAGAUUAAACAGCUUGUGAAGGAAACCCAGACUGGCCAGUCCUUCAAGUCGAUUGGCAAGACACAGUUUGUCACCUAUCACUUUGCAGGAGAGGUGCUGUGA